AUGACGAGACACGCCAAUUUGCGCGUGGUUAGAGCCCUGCUGCAGCUCUCCAUUUUCUGCCUGAUGCUGACGACAGCAUUGGCACACAGCCAAGAGGAGCCCGAUGUGCACAGUUUGGCCAAGCGCCAAGCAUUCCUGCUGCCCUACCGUAACCUGGGGGUCGAGACGAAUUUGGUGCCGCAGGACGAGAAAAUGGAUGAUGGAGACGAGGAUGAGGCCGAGAAUCCGGAACCCCCGGAAAUACUGCCGGACCCGGAUCCGGAUGAGGAAAACCCCGAGCCCAAGGCCGUGGCGCCGGCACGCGACGCGCGCGACUUGGUGGAGGUGGACUCGGUGCGGACGGGCGACGGACAACGGAUCGAUAUUGCACUCACCCAUCGG